ACUGCCGUGGGUUUUGUCCCACUCCUUAAUACAACAUAAGGCAGGGCUGACUGAUCGGCUCAUCUUGGAAUCUCUAUUCUGUUGUCUACAUCUGUGUGGUGGACUGCGUCUUGGUGUAAUACGAUGGACUAGGGGCAUCCUGAGACGGCACUGAAGUGACGACACGAUGUCUGGAGGCUUCCUGACUCCACAGAUGAGCGCACGCAACCCGCUAGGCCGGCGAGGAACAAGCCCUGCUAUCAUUGAUACACUGAGAAGUAUUCAGUCCUCACAUCCGGACCUAUCCGCGCUUCAUCAGAUGGAGGCCAUCCAGAUGACGGACCAGUCAAGCAGAAGCAGGAGACGCGGUAUCUCCGCGAACAACAGCUGGACCAGCAUCCCCGGUAUCAACAGGGGACAGUUCCACAAUGGAAGAGAAUCCUCCCUGCAGGUGUCACAAGGGGGCUACAGCAACCCCAUGUUCCACGGUGAUGGAGUACAGGUCCCUGCCUUCCGGUCACACCACAACACCCCCAUGCACAGUCCACCGUCCAGUCGUCGUCACUAUGACAACGCACCACGACGUGGGAGUUUCCAACCCCCUUCAUCUAGCAACCCCCCUCUCAACUCCUUCUCUCGGGUGCCAAACAUGGGAAACGCUGCCAUCGAGAUGGAACCAGACUACGAAGAGACCGUACCGAAACGACGGGACAUCCCUCUUGUCGAGAUUAACCCCCCACCACUGGACGAUGCUGGGCGGACAUCCCAAAGAAGCUCAGCCACUGCCAGCGUCCGGACGGAGAGGACAGAUCUAACCAAUGAUGAAAUCGACAGCGGAGCGGGGAGUCUAGGCCGGUCCUCGGAUGAAUACACGGCAAAACAGGAGGAAACCGAGGCGUUGCUAGGAGACAGAUGGGACAUUUUCAGGGACCGCCCCCUCACUACUGGAGAAUCCUGUUUCCAAGGCCUUGGCACUAAGAUCAUGAAGGUCAGCAAGGUGCUUGUGGUGAUAUUCCUGGUGAUAGGGGUCAUGGGGUGUGCAGUCCUCAGCAAACUCCACCUCUUCCACAUCUCGGAGCAAAUAGGCAAACUUCGACUUCCCGGGGUCAAGGAGAAUCUGAUGUUGAACCACUACGCCUGGUUGCUUGCCAUCUGCAUCAGUUUGCCGGAUGUCCUGAAGGUCCUACAGACUUCCUGGGGGAUUAUAUUCGGCAAGAAGGAGAAACCAGUCAGAUCCGUAUUCAUAUAUAUUUGUGUGACGGAGGUUCUUCAUGGUGCUGCGUUGUAUGGAUUAGCGUUUAAAGUGUUUCCCUUCCUCACCACGUCGGAAUCGUUAACCAUCACCAUGGUAACAGGGAUAUUACCAGCCCUUACUGGGACUGUGGUUUCAGGGAAGAACAGGAAGUGGUUUAGGUUUGGAAUGCGCCUGGGAGCUCUUGCUCUGCAGUGUGGAGCCGCAGUUCUGUGUUCUUUGCAUAUUAUCUUCUCCGAGGUCAAGGUCAAAGGGGUGAAGGUGAAGGACUCCGAUGUUCUGGAACUACGUAUAUGGGGCGUUGCGGGCCUUGUAUUGUUGUCACUGAGGUGGGUGAGCAAUUACCUGCCUGACCAGAUUGGGGGCAUCAAACUAGAUCUCGAGACACGGACGAAAGGGAGUAACAAAGCAUGCCUGGUGUCCUCCAUACUCCGGAUUCUUAUUGCUGUGGUAUUGCUGAAGACAUACCUGGUGCCUGAAUUGAACAAUCCUAUACCAGCAAUGUACAUGUCAUCCAAGGAUGUUCCUGUUAACCAAUCGACGACGACGACAACAACGACGACGACGACAAUGUCAAAAUCAAUGACACAAACAACAAAUACCUUCAACGUGACAACUGCUUCCAUGCCGGUAUCAACUAACACAUCAGCAGCUACAGCAACAACAUACAACAGCUCCAGCUCCUUAUCCCCCACCAGUAUUGGGACAUUACCAAGAUCGAAACGAUCAGUUGCCUGUCCACACAGGACUCCAAACAGGAUGCAUAUGAUGCCGGCUCUGGAGUCAUUCUUCAUCCACAUCGGCACUACGUGGCUUUGUUUCUACUUCGCAAUCACUGCGUGUAAGCUGUGCCUCCAGAGAGUUGCCUUCUCGCUGCCUCUCACCCUCGCGUCCCCAGUCCUUUUCCUUCUUCUCCAGUUCCUGCCAGAUGUCGCCAAUAUCUUCUCCCUGAGAGGAGGUUAUGGGAUCAAUAUCUGCGUCCAUGAAAUGGACACAAAGUAUGGCCUCUUGCUGGGAGCGUUCAUCCUGGGCUGGGUGUCCCAGGUUAUGAUGUGUGUCCAUGUGUGGAUAGUGACCCCGAUCAAGAGGCUUGCCUUCACACCACAGCUGUUUAUCCUGCCGCACUACUGUAGCCCUGUCCCCGACCUCGCCUUGCUCCACAGUCGCCGGCAGCAGAAGGACGAGGUCGACCAGCCCGACUCACAGAGCCACCCUAUGAUCUACAUCUGUGCGACGAUGUGGCACGAGAACGAGCAGGAAAUGAUGCAGAUUCUAACGUCGCUGUUCAGAUUAGACCAUGACCAGUGCGCUAAGAAGCUUGCAAAAGACAACCUGAAAGCGGAUGUGGAUUACUACGAAUUUGAAGUGCAUAUCUUGUUUGAUGACGCCAUGUGUGAUGAGACGUUUGAGGAAGGACCGGAGAGGAAGAGGAAGAAGACAGGAAGACGAGCUCCAAAUGACUUUGUGCUUCUUCUCAACAGACUACUAGACGAGGCUGCAAGUGAGUUUCUCAACCGGCCUGUGAAGCUGGGAAAGGCGGUGAAGUGCAAGACGCCCUACGGUGCUCGGGUAGAGUGGACCUUCCCAGGACAAAACAAAUUCAUUGUCCACCUCAAGGACAAAGACAAGAUCAGACACAGGAAGAGAUGGUCGCAGGUGAUGUACAUGUACUACCUCCUGGGCUACAAGCUGGCGGAGAACCACGCGUCCAUCGAUGUUACCAAUGUUUCAAAAACUGAAGACUUCCUCAAUGCCCUGCCAGACAGCAUGGUCCAAACUGCUAACAGCACCUACGUGCUGGCCCUCGAUGGCGACGUGGACUUCCAGCCCGAGGCUGUCCAUCUUCUGGUUGACCGGAUGAAGAAGAACCCGGAUGUAGCUGCAGCUUGUGGGAGGAUCAAACCGAAAGGGUCAGGCCCCGUCGUGUGGUACCAGAAGUUUGAGUACGCCAUUGGUCACUGGCUCCAGAAGUCCGCGGAGCACGUGUUCGGGUCCGUGCUGUGUAGUCCAGGCUGUUUCAGCUUGUUCCGGGGCCGAUGCGUCAUGGACGAUAACGUCAUGAAGACGUACACCAAGAAGCCUGUGACGGCGAGACAUCAUCUCCAAUACGACCAGGGUGAGGACAGAUGGCUGUGCACCCUGUUGCUCCAGCAAGGUUACAGAGUAGAGUACUGUGCCGCCAGUGAAGCCCUCACGUUUGCCCCAGAGGGAUUCAAGGAGUUCUUCAAUCAGAGACGCCGGUGGCUGCCGUCAACAAUGGCCAACAUCCUGGACCUCCUGCAGAGUCGAGGCACAACUGUGAUGAAGAACAAGAACAUCUCCAACCUGUACAUUUUCUACCAGGCGGUGCUCUUCGCCUCUUCUAUCCUGGGACCAGCAACCGUUCUCCUCGCCAUCGAGUCCUCGGUGGAAGCAGUGUUCACGAUGCCAAGCUGGGCUGCCUACCUGUGUUGCUAUGGUCCCAACAUCCUAUUUUCCUACGCCUGUCUCCGGUUCAAGGCAGACACUCAGCUGAAUAUAGCUAUUGUCCUGAGUACUUUAUUCGCCUUGGUGAUGAUGGCAGUGAUGGUGGGGACUGUUGUCAACGUUGUACAAGAGGGAUGGCUCACUCCAAAUGCAUUCUUCAUGUACGUGUUGAUUGGUUCGUUUGUCCUCCCUGGUAUCAUGCAUCCACACGAGUUCUCGGAUCUUGUUUGGGGCGUGGUGUACUUCUUGUGUAUUCCAUCCGGUUACCUGUUCCUUAUCAUAUACAGCAUUUGCAACCUCAACGUCAUCUCGUGGGGAACCCGAGAAGUGAAGUCUAUCAACGAGCAGCAGGAAGAACACACAGUGAAGCAUGCGACUGGGGACCAGGCUGUGGUGUAUCUGGGAGAAGCCGCAAAACAUCUCCGGAACCAGAUCACACAAGAUGGCGACGACAAUGGAUGUUGUAGCUGCUUCACAGCAUUGUUUCGACGCAUGCGCAGUCAGCUGACAGUCAACGCCACGCUUCUGUUCAUCCUUGAGGCUCUAACACGGAUGGAAAGAGGAAACACGAACUCUAUUGAAGCAAGUGAACAAACCAAACCAAAAAUAUCACGCCAAAGAAGAAUUUCAAGGAACAAUCAGAUUAUUACAAUUACAGAAACGAUGUCCGUAGCUUCCAACGACGCUGAUCCUACAUCAGACUGGAUCCUGACUGACCACUACAUCGACGGUGAACUGACAACUCUGGAUAAGAAAGAGGAAGAAUUUUGGACAAAAUUCAUCCCUAAAUACCUUGAACCGAUCGACAAGAACCCCGUGCUGGAAGCUAAAAUCAAGGACGACAUGUUAGAACUGAGGAACAAUUCGGCUUUUGCGUUUUUCUUCCUGAACGGGCUUUGGCUAGUGAUAAUGACAGCUCUUCAAGAAGUGAAACAAGAACUCAACAUCGUCAUUCACCAGGAGGACGGGCCGCCGAUCACAGUCCAGCCUCUGGGAAUGCUCUUCUUGGGGAUUUUUGCUCUUCUUCUCAUAAUGCAGGUGUUUGCGAUGAUUAAGCAUCGAUAUGGAACCUUCCUCCAUGUUCUCGCCUUCACCAAUAUCAGAUCAAAGCAACAGGAUCGAGAUUCGGUGGCGGAAGCUGCCUAUCUCCAGAACCCUUCGAACGCACCAAAUGCACCAGAUAUUGUAAUACCAGACUCACGUGAUCAAGAUGAGGAUGAAUUCCAAGCUGAUUAUUCCGACGGGGAAGACGCUCCAUCUCAAAACCAGACACACCCAGACGCGUCUUAUAGGCAUUCCCGUCCUAUGGGAAAUGCACCGAGUCGGGAGGACUCUUUUAUGCUGCGGAGAUAUAUUCAAAAUACUUCCGGUUCACGUCCGCCUGAUCGGUACAGACGUGACAUUCAAGUGUCACGUGAUAAACGGGAGGUCGUUGAUUAUCAAAGUACAUUUAACCGCAUGUACAGCACGAUACGGCAGAAUUCAAGGGGGAGACAACCCGCAGCUGGUCUGUUUCGUCUGAACGAAGCCAUAAACGAGUAUUGACAUUACAGAGUAUAAAUACGGCGGUCGUUUUCUCAGUAUUCCAAAACGAUGGAAUGAAGAUGUGCAAUCUUGUAUAUAUUAUAUAAUCCGUAUUUAUGAUUAAUGAAAAAGAACAAGCUAUUCUCAGAGUUAGCUGUAAAUUAUGCAGGCUACCUUCUAGUGGUUAAGAUUCAUUUGUGUCUUUGUGCAAUCAAGGACGAUAUUUGUAGUAAUUUAUGUUACAGUCCAAGUACCGCCUCUAAACUGCUUCUUGCACGUGGAAAGCACGUGAGGCACCCUGAUGUACACGUGAAGUAGAUCUUACUCUGUGAUCGAAGACACAAAUACAUCCAGUAUUAUCAAUAGGGAUUAAUUAGAAUUGAUUAGAAUAAAUUAACAUUAACUGACUAUUUGGUAAUAUUUAAAAAUACACUGCAAUGGUUUUAACAACUGCAAUUAGUUAGUUAAGACGCUAUUUUGUACUAUUGCAGUAUUACCAUAGUGUCCUCGCGAUGACGUUGGUCUAUUUAAGAUGGCAUAAUUCCUGACUUACUAGACUUGAUGACAAGGGUGACACGCCCGACAAACAUAGGUUCUGAAGCUGCUUGGGGUGGAUAAAGAAGAUAGGUGUCUGAAAUAGAUUUAUGUACCGUUAUCUAGUAUUGUAUUCUUCAUGGAUACCCAUGGCGCUCAUCAAUCAAAUAAGGUGCAUCUUGUUUUGAAAAAACAUAAUGUUGAUUUAUCUGUUAGGUUUAUUAUUUAAGAGAUUCAAGAUGUUUAUUGCUUGUUAAGUUGAUUAUAUCACGGAUGCAUUAUUCAUUAUUUGUUAUACAUUUGUGAUUUUAUCAGUCGAAGCUAUAAGUCUUGCAUGGAAUUUUAAUUUCUGUUUGAAAGACGGACGAUUGGUUUUUUAAUCAAGAUUGCGUGUUUUUUUCACUCCUGUUGAGGGGGUAGUGUAUAUGACACUAGAUACGUCAGGAUGGAAUAUAAAACGGCAAUGAGAAUGUUAUAAAGUGAGAAAAAAUAGUGACUUUGAAAAGUGCGUUUCGAAAUGACUUAAAACCCAAGAGGGUAUACGACGUUGACACCAAUACAGUGGCGCAUCGUGGUACUUGGUACUUGGGUAAUUCCCUGCACUGUUGGAGUGUAAGAGGCCCAGUAGAUACAUCUGUAUAGAGUUACCCGUUUCAGAAGCCCAGAGCUCCC